CGUGUUUGUCGGUCGCUCGGUCAACCAUCCUCACCCACACACAGAUUCAUUGCCAAGUCCAUUCAUCAACCGAUGAGCAUGCAGGAUGAAGGCACGAGCGAGCAGGGACCACACGAACACCAAACUCACAAACAGAGGCACACGCACAAUUCCAUCCACCAAUUAGCUGGAGGAUGGCAGCCAUAUAUGCUUUUGCAGCUCCCAUGCACGCCCGAGAGCGGCACACCCCCACACAGAUAAAUCCCUCACACGAAGGCCGACCAAAAACAUGCAACCAGCCGCAAUCCAUUCGCUACUCACUGCUUUGCAGAACACUCACACGCACAUUCAGGCGUCUGUCUUUGCAUGCUCAGGCGCUUGCAUCGUUGUCAAGGUCGGACAUGUCCUCUGCCGGGGCAGAGGCACCCUUGGCCGCGCGUGUCAUGUCUACGAGUAUGUCUUUGAUCUCCUUGCGGCUCUCGGCCGGCCUGAUAAAGGGCAGCCGCAGCUUCAUCGACUGCCCCUCCCGCGUCACCUUCAGUGUCUGCAUCCCACCCGCACACAGCACAGGUCACACAUGAUGGAUGCAGCACCGGCAUCCCUUCGUGCUGUUGUCUGUCUGAUCGGGUUUGGCGUGACUGACUGACCAUUCCCAGUCGGUCGAGGGUCGUUAUGUCAGCAGUGUCGACGGGCAGACCGAUGUAGUGCUUCACCUGUGUUUGCAAUUGACACGCCAAGAGACAGAUCCCCUUUACAAACAAAUGCGCAGUGGGGUGUGUGUUGGCCACCCGUGUAUACCAUGGCCACAUUGGCGUCGCCGUGGUCCGCGUUCAUGUGUCCGGCAACGGGACCAGAGAACGCCAUGAUGUCGUCAGGCUUGGCCGCCAAGUACUCCGCAGGAUCGAUGUCGCCCACCCUGCACACAUUUGCACACAUACGUCUUCACCCCUUCACCAAUGUGUCUGUGUGUGUGUGUGCAUGUGCAUGUGAGUGACCUCGCAAAUCCGCCGACAAAGCGCAGGCCGACCACCUCGUCCAUUCGAUACCACUUGAAGUCGCCUGCACAACACACGACAGAUGCAUAUGCCAUGGACGCAGGGAGAGUGGUAGCUGGCUGCUUUGCUGACCGAAGUUGACCCAGUAUGCUUCUGGGUGUUUCCGAAGAAAGGCCUCCUUCAGAGGGGCCGUCUCAUCGGCCGUCACGCGUGUCAUGGUGCCAACCAGACUCACACGGCCGUCAGACAGACCCUUUACGCAGGCAGAAAGGGAGCAUCACACAUGGAACUGCUUUACGUCGCCCACCCACCUUAAAGUCUCGAGCCCGGAUGGUCACUGCUGCCUUCUGGUUCUUGAUCAGAUCCUGGCAGGCACCAGGACCCACACGCACACAAGCAGGCGUCUUGAUGACAUCUGUCUGUCUGUCCUCUGUCCCUUUCUUACCUGUCCGUGUGUGGAGAGGCCGGAGAGGCAGAGGAUGGGCCUGCCCUCCUCGUCGACGGCGAACUGCACCACUCCGCCGCCGGGGUAGCCCUCGAAGUGACUCGAUAUGGUCGAUAUGGUCGCGUAUCUAACCCGCACACACACACACACACACACGGACGGAUGGACGCGGUGUGUGCUGAUGUGUCUGCAUAUAUGAGUACCCGUCUGCGUAUUCGACGAGCGACCUUGCCUCCUCUGCCGGCGACAGGAGGGCGGCUGCCUUCUGGUGCUGCACAACACAACACAGCCCAGCACAACACAACGAAGCGAACGAAACAGAAACUGAUGUAUCGUCUGUGUGGGCCGCUAUGCGGGUGUGGUUUGGGCGUCCGUGUGUACCUCCAUGACUUUCUUCUGCAGUUCCAUCUCCUCAGCGGAGAUCUGAUCAUACCAAAAGGCAGCAACAGGCACUCACUCGGUGGCUGGCUGUCAGGCUGUCUGGCUGUUCCCCCCACCUCAGGCUGCUCAGGCACAGCGUGUCCGCCCCGAGCGCCCGCACCCAGACGGUCCUCCUCCUCCUCCUCCUCCUCCUCUUCGGUCGCCGGAGCAUCGGCCGCCGUCGAUGUGCUGCUCGACAACAUCGUCCGGGGCGUGUGCACUGAUGAAACGAAGAAACUCAUCCACACCGGAGCGCAGAGCAAGCAGAUGAGCUGUGCUGCAGACGUGCUGACCUCUCGCUCGUGCCAUGAGGGUGCUGGUGCUCUUCGCUGCCGGCCCGCUCUGCGUCCUGAAAUGCAACCUCGGCCCAUCAACCAUAGCACGCUGGAUGCCUGGACUGGCCACGAUGGAUCUCAGAGGGUAGCCGAGGGACGGUGUCCGCACUCCUGAGCGGAAAGCAGACGCCCGGGAGGCGGCACGCGCUCGAACGGAGAGGCCACUCAUGAAAGCUUCACUGCUCAGCAGAAGGGGGGAAGGCGCAGGCGCGUCAAAGCGCUGCAAAAGGCACGCAGCAGUUGCCUGCCUGCACGUGUCUGGACGUGUUGCGUGUAUACCUUGUACCUGAUCUGGCCACGGGGCAUCGAUGUCGUCUUGCGAUGCAUCUGCCGAUACAUGGUUGACAAAACUCUCUCCAAUCAAACUGCUGAGCAGCAGAGAGCAUGCCAAUGCCUUCAUGGUGCGAGAGGAGGGGAG